AUGGCGUCACAUGGCGACUUCCAAACCCUGGUGGCGCUGGCUCUGGCCAUUUGGUCGGUCGAGCCCCAACCCGUGACAUUGUCGGAGUUUGAUGACAAGAGCCUGCUGGAGGAGAUCAAGAAGCGGGGGCUCCUUACUGAGGCUCACUGGGCAUGGACAGAGAAGAGGUGUGCAACAGCCGCCCUUACCUACACUGUCCCCAUGUUCUUGGCUGGCUUUCCAGCUUGGUAUGUUGACCACCCGCUGUUUGUGAUCCGCAUGCACAUGGAAAGGCGGACGAUCGGAUUUGCGGCGGCAGCGAGGGACUUGUAUUCCAACGAGGGCCUGUAUGGCUUCUUCGCGGGAAGCCAAACCUACGGAGUCCGAACAGCGCUUUUCCAGCGACGACGUCCGAAAGAAAGCGAGAUCAUGGCGCGCCUCAUCUUCUCCAUCGGGAACCUCCGUCUACCGGUUGCAUUGGCCUGCAGCAGCUUGAGCAGGGGAUAUUUCGAGCUGGUGGAUGGGAAAGCAGCCUUUAGCUGCUUCUGUUCAGGAUUCUUUGCAGCCCUGUUCUCUUGCCCCUCAGAGGCGCUGAUGAGGCACAGCGUCUGCACCCACGCCGAUCGCGUGACGAACUCUGAAAAGUACAACCACUUUAAAGACUCUCCCAAACAUAUCCAGCUCGCGAAGAUGCUCGCGGGCUUGAACCCAGAUCCGCCCCCGCCCGAGCAGUACCAGACGGUGGACAUCGUAGCUUCGGCGAGCCAGCCGUCUCGCCUCUUCCGCGGGUGGCCACUGGACUGCACACGAUUUGGCUUGUUCUUUAUGGGCUUCUCUUGGACGUAUCAGCGCCAGACAGGCCACUAUCCGAACAGCAACUGGAUCCAGGACCCGUGGAAGGAGACGCUUUACGCGGGCUCCUUUGCGAUCCUUGCAGGGUCGAGCCUGGCGCUCCCCCUUGAUGUUGUGAGGUCACUCGCGCAUUAUCCACGAGAGGAGCCUCCCAAAGCUGCAGAGGUCCUCAGAGGUGUUCCAGUGCUGUUGGCACAACGGGUUGGAUACCACUGUGCGCUCUUCCUGUGCUUCGCAUCCUUCGCAUCCGUUCUCGCGCAGCUGGACUGCCCGACUGGAGCCCCGCGGUGGUGGCUGCUGCAGACAGAUGGACGUGGCGACUGCACGCCCGUCUUCCUCAAAAAGAAGUUGAGAGCGCAGGUGCCGCAGGCAUGGAAGGUACCCCGAAAUAGCCGCAAGGAUGGCCCACAGCCACAAGAAUCAUGGUGCAUGAUUGCUCUAGAGGCUGAAAGCUGA